CACUACACUCACUACUUCCUACUCUUUGCUGAAUUUCCUAUUUUUUCAUUUUUCCUUCAAAUUUCAAUACUCCCUAGCCUUCUUUUGCUUUCUUCCCAAAUGGCCAGUGUUGAGGUUCAACCAGCUGCAACAGCAUUGCCCGAGAAUGAGACACCACAGGUAACCAAAACAGAGGAGACUCUCAAAGAAGAACCUGUGGUUCAAGCACCAGUUGCCACUGAGGCAGUAGAGGCAGAACCAACGGAAACAACACCUAAAGAGGAAGCUGCGGGGGAGCCUGAGGCAGCUCCAGUAGUUGAAGCUGUUGCGGAGGUUGAAACAAAGGAGGUUGUAGAAGAAACAAAGGUUGAGGAGGAAGAGAAGCCAGCUGCAGAAGAGACGAAGGAAGAGGCUACUGAGGUGAAGCCUGCAGAAGUAGAAGCAGUUGUGGAGGAGACCAAGGUGGAGACCACUGAGGUUGUCGAGGAAGCACCUGCAGCUCCUGUGGAGGAGGAAGAGGAGAAGCCAGCGGCGGUGGAAGAGAAGGCAGUGGAAGCAGAAGCCAAAACAGAAGUUCCUGUUGAGAAGGCUGAGGAAUAGAGAGGCUAGACAAGGCUGCAUGUCAAAGUUGGCAACUUUUUUAGCUUUCUAUUACUAUUAUUGUUGCUAGUCUUUCUCUUUUCUAUUACUAGUUGACUAGCUCUAUGAUGAAAAUAUGGAUGGGGUUUCCUCUUAUUUGGUUGAUAGAGUUUGAUUUUUAGCACUUGGGUCCUUGUUGGCAGAGAUAUUCUAGGUUUUAUGCAUGGGGAGGGAGUUAAAAUGAAGGAGGAAGACUGUUUGGGUUCAAUCAGGGUCAGAAUGCGUUUGCUUUGGUGUGAUGAGAGGUCAUAUCUCUGUAUCUCAAUAAUAAUGUUUUUAUAUUUUUUUUUUCUUUUGAAAAUAUUUACAUGCCAUUUUACUUAUGCUUC